AUGAGCUGUUUUGGGGAUUGCCUCGAGUUGGGGCCACCGCCCGAUAUGAUUCUUUCGAUGCCACCGCCUCCAUUGUCGUCCUUUUUGUUGCCGAAAAACGCGCUGGUGGCCAGCAAAGCGAACGGCAACAGCAACAACAGCCUGCUGUGUAGUGCCGCUUUCAUCUGUGAACCAUCGCUGAAGGCGAACGAGCAGUCCGGUAUGGAGUUUGUCGAGUUACCGGGAAAUGGAAUGGACGACACCUGGGUGUUGGUGCUUAUAUCGUCCUGUGUCGGAGUGUUGCUACUUGGGGCGCUGUUGGCGAUGGUGUUGCUGAAAUGUCGCGAUCGUUUCUGUUUCCGUUGCAGCUCCUUCGGUUACUCGUAUCAUGACAGCAACCUGAAGCAACCGCCGUUGCACGCGCUUGGUCAUGAGCCUUCCUCAGCCAAAGCGGCCGUGUUUAUGCCUGGUGGUACGAUACUCUACCCGACCAGCCAUGUGCACCAUCAUCACCAUCAUCAGCAACAGCAGCCACAUCAACCGCAUCAACCCUCGUACGGACCGGAUAAUCGCACAUUGUGGGCUGCACUUACACCGCACGGCACGCAGCACUUCAUCACGGAGUCGUACGGUGGUAACCCGGAGGAUCACUACGAAGUCAUCGACUAUGGGCGCAAGCACGAACAGUACAUCCCGUCUGCUCAUGGUACCAUCGUGAAGAGCAAGAACUCGUUCGAGAAUUCCGGUUUCGUCGACUACGACUAUGAGGAUCCAACGCCGCUGAUGGAAUCGUACGCCCACUUUGACGAUAUGGACUCAGGUUAUCAGGAACCGCAGGAGGUGUUGGGUACGUUGAACAGAGUCGCUGCAGGCCGCACCGUUCCACUGGUAUCGUCACCUACGCGCAUCGAGAAUCCGAAUCUGGCUCCGCUCAACCUGUAUCCGACUGUGCAAUCACACCGUACUGGAACUUUGGGAUCGACUACCGGUAGAAAGUCACAUGGUACGUCCGCGGCAGGAUCCUUGUCACGGCGCAUUAGUGACAUCAAGAACUGAGGUGGUGAUGAGAGUGAAGAACGAUCAUUCCUAGUGUGGAAUACUUCCACUAUCGUGGCGGAAAGAUAGAGCAGGAGGGAGAAAGAGAGAAAUGAUAUACAAGACAUUUGAGUGAUGGUCCCCAUGAGGAGAUAUCCGGACGCAAGAGGCAUUGAUUAAGGAUCAUAGUUUGACAAAAUGACUACAUGUACCGGUGCGAGGUCAACUAGCAGGCAGGCAGCAGAUGGUCGCCACCAGUCCUGUACCAGAAUCGUACGAUCGAAAAUGUAUGGUGAGAAGAAUGGUUCCUGACAGAUGGUAGAACAGCAGAACGAUUUAUAAACCACGUAGGGCGCUACAGUAGAACCGCUAGCGAAGGAAGCAGCACCUUCAUUUUCACCCGACUGCUUAACUAUUAUGCAUUUACCACGCAUCUAACUACUAAUAUUACCCAUUAUCGCAACACAAAGUUCGGUUCCAGCGGAACGCAAGGAAUUGAGUUCCGGCAGCGGGACUAAUUCAAGCAGGACACUCACACACGCUGCUAUUUUUGCUUCCCAAAUGCUCCACAUGACAUAUAGAGGUUCUGGAUGCCAACGGUGGAGCAAUUUGCAUAACGCGAAGGAAUUGCAAAAGAGAGGAAGGAGGCGUAAAAUUCAAUCUGUCCAGUGAUGGCGUACAUUUUGUGGAAAUUUUAAGAGCAGAAACAGUAAACGUAAUAUUAUA